ACAUCAAUGAAUGUGAAGAACAAUCUCCAUGUGCUCACAACUGUACAAACACUAAUGGAAGUUACAUGUGUACAUGUGAUGAUGGAUAUGAGUUGGUAGAUUUAAGUAACUGCUCAGAUAUUGACGAAUGUCUUGUGCAUGUAUGUCACAUUUGCUCUAAUUGGGCUGGAGGAUUUGAUUGUUCAUGCUAUGAAGGCUAUUCAUUAAACAUAUCAACUCUUUCAUGUCAUAAUAUCAAUGAAUGUGAAGAAAAUAUCCACAACUGCUCAGAUAAUGCUACUUGUCAUGACACUGACGGGGGAUAUAGCUGUACUUGUUUCAAAGGAUUUGAAGGAAGCGGAAAAAAUUGCACAGUUUGUGGAGACUCUACUUUUGGUGUCCAGUGCUCUGAAACAUGUGAAUGUGUUCCAAACAAUACAGAUGUCUGUAAUCAUGUAAAUGGGUCAUGUCAAUGUAAAAACGGAUGGAUUGGUCAACAUUGUUCAGAAGAUGUUAAUGAAUGUGAACAACAACUACCUAUAUGUAACGAAACCUUAAAUCAAUUUUGUUUCAACACUGAAGGAUCUGCUGUGUGUGAAUGUCGUUACGGUGGAUUGGAUAUUAAUAACUGCACUGCUCCUUUACCACCGCAGAAUGAGAGUAAGUUUCGUAGAAUUUAUUGCCCUUGCCAAAGUGGAUACUCUUGUCAGUUAACCGGUCGUAUCCGGUUUCAGGAAUAA